AUGCCACAUCUGCUGCAGCCUUGCUGUAAACAGCUGCAGCAAGAGAAGACCCUCCCCCUCCAGAGCGGAAGCCCUAGCUGCCUGAACGCACAGCAGCAGCAGCAGCAGCAGCAGCAGCAGCAACAACAACAACAAGUUGACAGAGGGAGGCUACAGCGGGUUACUGAGAGGCUGCAGGUGUUGCGGCUCUGUCUGCUGCAGCAAGUCCUUCUCAAAGGGCAAGGCACCGCGUCGGGUCAGCACCAGCAAAAGCAGCAGCAGCAGCAACAGCAACAGCAGCAGCAAAAACAACAGCAGCAGCAGCAGCCGGAGGCAGAUAAGAAAGAGAGGAAGCUGCCUUUGCGAGAGGCAGAUUACCUCCGCAGCAAGAGGGCUCUAGAUCCGACUGCUGUUGGUGCUGCUGCUUCUCCACCAGCAGCAGCAGCUGCUGCUGCUGCUGCUACUGCUGCUGCUGCUGCUUCCCCUGAAGUAUUUCAAGCAGAUAAUCCCCUUGUUGCUGCGCUGCUGCAGCUGCAGCCGCAGCAGCUACAUCCAAGGCACCGCAGCCUCUGCCGAUACCUGCAUGCGCUGCAUGCUCCCCAGCAGCAGAAGCAGCAGCAGCAGCAACAACAGCAGCAGCAGCAGCAGCAAAAGAGGCAGGAUGAACUUGAGGUAACUGGCGAAAGUAGCGAGACCGCAGACGCACCAGUGCAGCAGGUCAGCAGCAACAGCAGCAGCAGCAACAGCAACAGCAACAGCAGCAACAGCAACUGCAACAGCAGCCGCAGGGGGGCGUCCCGUGAGGAGAGGGUGCAGCAGCAGCGGCAACAGUUGCAUGUGCCGCAGCAGCAUCUGUCUCCUGAAGAACAGCAGCUGCAGCAGCUGUCUCCUGAAGAGCAGCAGCUGCUGCAAGCAACAGCUUCUCGCAUCCUAGAGGAGGAGCCUUCUCUGCUGCAGCAAACGCAGCUGCUGCUGCAGCAGACUUGGUUGGAGACACUUACGCGGCAGGCGCUGCUGCUGCUGCCCCUAAGGGGCCCCCGUGCUGCAGCAGCAGCUCAGGCAGAAGAACUCGUUGCGAAGAGCAAGGCACGCCUGCAGCAGCAGCAGCAGCAGCAGCAAAUCAAUAGCAGCAGCAGCUCCUUGCUGCAGCUGCCUGCAUUUGCUGCAGUAGAAGCUGCGCCUCCCCUGCCAGCUGCAGCAGACGUCAAAGCAGCAGCAAAGGCCCUGCAGCAGCAGCAGAAAUUCUUAUCUGUAGAAGAGGUGCUGCAGCUUCUACCUUUGGAGCCCCCAGAGUUGCAGCAGCAACAGCAGCAGCAGCAGCAGCACUUGCUGCUGCUUCGGAAGGCUCGCCGCAUGCUGAAGGAAAAGUCUCCUGCUGCUGCUGCAGCUCUGUCUCCUCAGUUGCUGCUGCAGCUUAUGGAUCGAGCCUGUGCUGCAGCAGCUGCUCGCCGCCUUCAGUCUCUGCGUGACAGCAACAGCAGCAGCAGCAGCAGCAGCAGCAACAACAGCAGCAACAGUCCCCGGAGGGACAUCGUUGGUUUAAUGCUGCAGCGCCUCCGGGAGACUCGCCAGCUGCAGCUUCUGCAGCAGCAAGAGCUGCAACAGCAGCAGGAGCUGCAGCAGCAGGAGCUGCAGCAGCAGGAGCUGCAGCAGCAGGAGCUGCAGCAUGACGGACCAGCAGCCCCCCUUAGGGACCGACUUCCUAGCAGCAGCAGCAGCAGCAGCAGCAGCAGCAGCAGCGUUUCAAAGACGGUGGAUGAGCUGCAGCAGCUUUUCCUUUCUAUGGAUGCAGUGCUGCUGCAGCAGCAAGGGCUUAUUUAA